AUGAUAAUUAUUCCUCAUUCCAAUAUAUAUUUCUAUUGCUCCAUUAUAAUUAUAAGUCAAAAAUAUUCUAGAAUAAGUAUUUCUGCUAAUGCCACGUGGGCACAGAACGGAGUGACUAUUGCUGGAAGCAACGUGGAUGGGGGUGCCACUAAUCAACUCAAGCAGCCUCUUGGUCUCUUUGUUGAUGAUGAUCAAACAGUGGUUAUUGCUGACUACUGGAAUCAUCGUAUCAUGCAAUGGAAGAACGGUGAUACAACGAAUGGACAAGUUGUUGCUGGUGGUAAAGGCAAAGGAAAUGGAUUACAUCAAUUGAAUUUUCCAGCUGAUGUAUUAAUUGACAAAGAGACGGAUAGCCUCAUUAUUUGUGAUCGAUGGAAUCGAAGAGUUGUACGAUGGUCUCGUCGUAGUGGUACAACACAAGGUGAAAUACUCAUNACUGAUGUAUUAAUUGACAAAGAGACGGAUAGUCUCAUUAUUUGUGAUCAAGGGAAUCGAAGAGUUGUACGAUGGUCUCGUCGUAGUGGUACAACACAAGGUGAAAUACUCAUCGACAACAUCGAUUGUUAUGGAGUCGCUAUGGAUGAACAGAGAUAUCUUUACGUUUCUGACGAAGAAAAACAUGAAGGAAGACGAUAUCAAUUGGGUGAGAAGAAUGGCACUCUCGUAGCUGGUGGUAACGGCAAAGGUGUUGGACUCAAUCAACUCAACGAGCCGAGAUAUCUCGUUGUCGAUCGACAACAGAAUGUCUACGUAUCAGACAACAGGAAUCAUCGUGUAGUGAAAUGGAAUAAAGGUGCAAAAGAAGGUAUUGUUGCCGCUGGAGGACAAGGCGCAGGAAGUGCUCUGACGCAAUUGUAUUUGCCUAAUGAAAUUUUCGUUGAUACGUUGGGUACACUCUAUGUAGCAGACGAGAGGAAUCAUCGUGUCAUGCGUUGGACUCAAGGAGACAAGAAACAAGGCACUGUAAUUGUGGGCGGUAAUGGUCGUGGAGAAGGACCAAAUCAGUUCAACGGCCCCUGUGGUUUGUCUUUCGAUCAACAUGGUAAUCUCUAUGUCGCCGAUAUGGGUAAUCAUCGUGUUCAACGAUUUUCUAUCGAAUAA